AGAGGUCCUCACAGUGGGCUGCUGUAUUGUGGCUUUUUUGUGCGGCUUGCUGUUUGUCCAGCGUUCAGGGAACUACUUUGUUGCCAUGUUUGAUGACUAUUCUGCUGGUUUGCCCCUCACCAUUGUGGUGAUCUUGGAGAAUGUAUCUGUAGCCUGGAUCUAUGGCACUAAAAGGUUCAUGCAGGAUCUAGAGGACAUGCUUGGUUUCAGACCGUACAGUGUUUACUUCUACCUGUGGAAGUAUGUGUCUCCAGUGUGUCUGCUCAUACUGAUUUUUGCCACUGUGGUAGAGAUGGCCAUCAGCCCUCCGGGAUACAAUGCAUGGGUGCAAGACCUG